GUAGUUCCAAAAUGUUCGAAUUAAAAGAAAUAACAAAGAAAAACAACAACUGUCUGUCAAUCCUGUCAACAGACAAAAACAAGGGUUGUAGUAAAAUAAAUCAUGGCGACGACAUUGGGAAAAGUUGACUUGGAAAAGCUUAAGCUAGAUGUUCAAGUAAAAUUCGAUAAGAUUCGCGAAGCCUUAAAUGUCCGGGAGAAGCUUUUAUUGCGACAAAUCGAUGUUAUCCUCACCAGCCGACAGCACAAAAGUGCAUCUGCAUCUGCAUCUGUGUCUGUAUUAUCCUCAACAAAUCCAAGAAAAAGUGCUCCUGCUGGUGGCAAUGGAACUGGAAAUGUUACUGGCCCAUCCCCAGAUUACCAGGAAAUGCAAUUCAUCACCGAUAAUGAGGAGAAUAUCUUGAAUUCCAUACGAUCAUAUGGAAAAUUCAAUCUGGACAACAUCAAUCUGGCCUUGCAGGAUUUAUACAUAAACGAAGAUUAUAUUGCUCCCGGGAUCGACCAUGACACGAUGUACAAGUGCCUGAGUAAUAAUUCAAGUGAUGCCAGCAACGGCAACAACGACGAGGAAUCAAUUGUUGUUGAUUUCUCAACGAACAAGAAACUCAUUCGUGACAAUGUCAGCUGCAUGAAUGAGUCGAUAAUCAAUAUAACACUAAACGAAGCCAAAGAAUUGAUAAGGAAGUCAAACAAGCUGUCCGGAACAGCUACGUCUAUCGCUACUGAAACAGACGCACCAAUUAUGCCUUUGAAUUUGGAAGGAAUUCUCGAUGAAGACGAAUUUGAUGUCGACGAGGAUGAUGGCAUGCCAGCACCAACUCACUCAAAAUCUUCUCAAACUGUCGAAAACAAACGUAAAUCGCGCUUCAAGCCAAAAAUCACAAUCAACAAUUGCAACGGCACCAUCAACUUGAAGAACAUCUCAAAUCUAACAAUCAAUUGCGCUACAGAAGAAUCAUUCAAGGCGACCGAAGUCAAUAGUGCCACCACGAAUAAGAAUGGCGAUCUCCCAAAGAGUACUACAGUCACAACAACAACAACAUCGACCAGCAGCGCUGGCAGUAAUCAUAGCAACAGCAGUGGCAACAGUGCUUCCAGCAGCAAUGCAAUAUCCCCCAAACAAAACGUGAACAAUCGUCAUCAUGUUGCCGAUGAUGUGGAAUUCAAUGACGAUGAUCGUUCGGCUACUUGUGAAUUCUACAAUCGUCUAUUGAAUGAAAUUAAAAAUAGCCUCAAACAGAAGUCGCCUAGAAUCAUCACCGAUAAUCAGCAGCGUUACUCCGUGGCAGCAGUUGGAGUGGAUAAUGAUAAUAAUGAUGAUGGUGACGAUGAACGUCAGCCGGUGACGUCGACAACAACAACUGACGAUAGCAAUGGCAAUGAAUCAUCUUCAUUGAAUACAUCGCAAUCGGUAGUGGCACCGAAUAAGAAGUUGGUUCUGAGGAACUUCGAGAAUUUGAAAAUUAUCCUGGAAGCCAAUGAUAAUAGUGAUGUGAUGCGCCCGGUGCAGAUUGAACAGUGGCUGGCUGAGAUAAUAUCAGAGACAGAAAUUGAACCAAUGCAAAAUACUGAUAUUCUGGAACAUAGUAAGAUUCAUGGUGAGACUUGUUAAUGAAUGAAUGAACUCACAGUUGGGUCGUUUUGAGUAUUAAAGCUUUUAAUGUAAACAAAUAUAUAGGCUCAAUUUGAAAGUAAUAAUAGCUAAAAAAAAAACAUAGAAGGUUUGGGUUGAGUAUUGUGAUCUUUCUGUGCAGGUUUGAGGGAUUUUAUUUUUAUUUAUUUUAUAUAAUUUUUUGCAAAUACCGAUUUUGAUCCUAUUCUCUCUUAAAAUCAAAAUUCGAGAUUUAGAUCCUUAAUCUUAUGGUUUGACAAGAAAACGAAAAAAAGUUCGGAAUCUUAUUCUCAAAAAGAAUUCAACAUUAUUGAUAAAUCCAUUGACAACUUUUUCCUUUAGUUAAUAUCUAUGAUAAAAUCUAAAUUUUGCUUAAAUGCAAAAUCUAAAUAAAAAGUACAAACAAAAGGUUUCGAAUUUCAAAGCUAGUCUUCUCUCUGACUACUCCCAACGUCUGUUACCUCUAUUUUUAAAGUAUUAUUUUACCAUUCCGCUAUUUUUGAUCGCCUAAACAUUACCAUAAAAAGCUGGGAGUUUUCAAGGGGCGACUUUCCAUUACCGCAGCACGAAUUUCCUUAUGAUUUUUUUUUAAAGUUAGGUAGGUGUCUCAAUAGAACAUGUUUUAAAUAUUAAGGCGAGGAAACACCUUUAAGUCAUAGAAAAAAAUAUUUUCUUUUUCGGAGUUAACCCCACUUUUAUUGUAUUUUAUUUUUUUUUAGCCUAAACAAGUUUUUUGGAAUUGAUAGUACGGCAGGCGUAUUAACAGCUAGGUAUGUAAGGGGCCAUGCGAGUUUGGGUAUAUGCAAAGUACUUUUUGCAUUUGAGCAAUAAAAUCA